UAAUUUAUUACCUAAAUCUAACCUCAAUCGUUUCUGAACGUACCCCACAUACCUGUUUCCAACCAAAUGUCCUUCAACUUUACUAACUUAAGCCUUUGUUGUAUAUUUUUCGUUAGGUUUUAUAACCCUAUUUUUAUGAUUUUUUUGCUAAAAAAUUACUAUUAAAAAACAAAUGAGCCGGAAAUGACACACCUCCAACCCAAGUACGACUACACCUUCGCCCAACUUUAUCUACAAAAAUGCAGAGAAGUCCAGCUUUUAGCCAACAGGAACGUAACGUACAACGAAACAACAGAACCACAAAAACAGCAACCACCCGUCAUAGUUUUAGACGAUGAGGAAGACUCCACACAACCACAAAAUGGCAAUAUUAUCACCAACCCCUCAAUGGUACCCGAACUCAACGAUUUGCAAGUCACCGGAGUCACACUUUUAAAAGAAUGGAUUGAUAUUAGUGAACUACAAGUGAACCCUCAAGAAAUAAACCACCAACCCUACGUUGCUAGAAACCACAAACCUCAAAAACAUAACCAUGGUGUUGUGAACCAAAAGGACUCUGAACUUCUCCAACUUUUAAACCAAAACGACAAAAUCGUGCAAGACCACAUACCUCAAAAAAACAAUCAAAGUGCAGGUGCCCCUAACCAUGAACCUCAAAAAGACAAAGAUCAAGUUGGCCUGAACCAGGCACUUCCAAAAAACAACGAAACUCAAGUUGGCAUUGAGGGCCAAACAAAUGAUGAAGUUGACGUUGCUAGGAAACCCGAAGUUGAAAAUAACGUUGCUAUGAACCCUGAACCUCAAACAACCGUUGCUAGGAGCCCUGAUACUCAAAAUAAUGACGAAAUUGUUGCUGCUCCAGAAAUCGAGGAAAAUGAGGCGAAUUGGGCCGAUGUAGACGUGGAGGAGGCCCCCGAGUCGCCGGCCCCGACCCCAGCCCCGACCUCAAAAUUCAGCUGUUCGCACUGUUCGUACCAGACUGACUGGAAGAGUAACAUGAACAAGCACGUGGUCAGUCGGCACCAAUCACAGGAUGAGAUCAAGUGGUACAAGUGUCCCCAUUGCCCAUACAAGGGCAAAACAAGUGAGUACCUCAAGACCCACCUCCGCCAACUGCACGAACCCUACGUGAAGUGGCACUACUGUACCAAGUGUCCCUUGAAGUUCAAACUGAAAUCAGUCUUCAAGGACCAUAUCCUGUCCGUGCACACACCCCCCGAGGACAUUCAGUGGUUCCAGUGUGAUAAAUGCGAGUUCAAGUGCAAGUUUAAGAAGCAAUUGGCGAGACACGAAAGUAGGAUACAUUUAAAGUUUGGUGAAAUUACGUGGUUCAAGUGCGAGAAGUGUGACUAUAAGACAAAGUGGAAGAACUCGUUAAAGUCGCAUGCCAUCACUCGGCAUGCGGGUUAUGAGGAUUAUAAAUGGAAGGUUUGUGAUCAGUGUGGGCUUCUAUUGAAAGCCAAAGAGUUGGAGAACCAUCUAAUAUCAUUCCAUUGUGGUCCAAAGAGAAAAAAAACUGAUGAAGAAACAAGAGAGUGGAAGUGUGAUAGGUGCGGGUUGAAUACAUUCAGUCGGAAAACUUUCGAGGAACAUUUCAAGACCGACGGACGGACGUAUUUUUGUUCAUGAAAUCAUGUAUUUUUUUAUAAUAAAACUUUUACAACAUC